AUGCUAGAGAUGAAUAGUGUGGAAGGAGAUGAGAGGAGAAUGGUAACAAAUGGUUUGUUUUGGGCAGAGCGUUUGCUUCUCCUUCUACUUGUCGUCUUCCCCACAUACGUCGUAGAUCUCAUCCUCUUUCUCACUUUAUCCACUACUCUUUUCGCAUUAACCUUCUUCUUCUACUGUCCUAAACUCUCUUCCGUUGGAGUCUCUGGUAUGGGAGGAUUCUGGCUGUUUCUAUUGGACCGCUCCACGUUUUACCUAGGCCUUGAGUAUUCUAAACUAUUGGCUCAAGGCUUUGAAAUUGCCUUCCUUUGGCGUUUCACUGUUUUUCUCUCUGUCGUGGUCCACUCCGUCUACAUCGUCGACCACCUCCUUAGAA